CAAAAUCUUCAACCUGGCGCCAUUUGUGCUAAUGCAUGGCCGGAAAAACUGAAUGAAAUACAUUAGAAUUUAGGCCUGCAGAAACUACAACAUAUAGAUUCCUUGAGUGGAACCCAGCCAUAAACAGUACAAAACCAUGGUAGACGAUGAGAUUAAAAGACAGGAACCAACCCUCUCCCUCCCAUGAAUUUCACCUCUUUAAACACUCCUCCAUAUCCUCUGUUCUCCACCAAAAAGAAAACUCAAGCCUCCUCCUUUCCUCCUUAUAUUUCAACAGAUCCAUAGGAUCUCUCUCUCUCUCUCUCUCUCUCUCUGAAGCUUGUUGCAGGAAGUGAGAGAUGGGGAAUUGCAUGGAAAAGAGCUCUCCUGAAGUGGAGGAGGAUUUGAAGAAGGUAGAGAGAGGUUCUGAGGGAGCAAAAAUGGUCAGAAUAGUUUUAACGAAGCCUGAGUUGGAUUGGUUGAUGCAGCAGAUGGAGCAGAAGCCUGUGAAGAUGAGUUUGGAAGCUCUGCUAGCUCAGAUUCUUAAGGAGCGUCAGUGGAAGGAAGAAGAAAGGUGGCAGCCGGCAUUAGAGAGCAUCAUGGAGGUUCCUGAGUUGCAGAGCUUUGAAAAUUCUGCUGACAAGGAUCCAUUGCCCCAGCCGUUAAGCUUGUUAAGUUAGCCUGAUCAUUUCUUCUCUUUGAUUCUGUUUAGGCUGAAGUUUUGUUUCUUUUGAUGUAUUAUAAGGUGUUAUUAUGUAGAAGAUGAGUGUGAUAGGUUUGGAGCAAAUACUGUUAUUAUGAGUUA